AUGGAGAUGUCGGCGCGCAUACCCAGCGCGAUCCUCCGGCGCGCACGCGCCUUUGGCACCAGUUUUUUCCAUCGUUUUGGCAUCCACUGCGCGACCCACCAAAUCCGUCUCAUCCUCGUGUCUGCCGUCGUCAUCACCGCUCUCCUGUUUCCCGCUAUCGCCAUAUACACAUCUCCAGAGACCCACUUCUUCGACGGCUUCACCCUCCGCGUCCUCGACUCCUUCCUCACCCCGGACGACAUGUCCACCUACUUCGCCCAGCACGACCUCCGCCACCUCUGGGAGGGACACGCCAACCUGCGCGUCCGUGAGGACUCCGUUGCCCGCGCCCGCUGCGGCAUGGACGGCAUCCUGCGCGCUGAGCGCCUCCUGGUCAGCGGCGUGUCCCAGGAGGACGGGCUUUCAGCCCUCAACCACGAUACCCUCCUCGCCGCACUCGAACUCGAACGCCGCAUCUCAGCAACGCUCACCACCCGCCACGUCCGCUGUCUCGCGGAGCCAGACGGAGGGUGUUUCCAUCUCAGUCCGCUCGCGUACUGGAAUCAUAAUGAGGAAACGCUGCUCGCUGACCGCGAUGUCCUCGACACCCUGAAUUUGUUGCAUAACGUAUCUGUCUCCGGUAUACCCAUCGGCCCCGAGCUCGUUUUGACCGGUCGCGCCCUUCAUGAUUCCUCGCCCAUGAACAUCGAUGCUGCGAUGUUCCUGGCGCUCACGUAUUUCUUCCCCGACAAAGAUUGUGUCGGGAAUGCUGGCCAUUACCAGUGGUUGCAUGUACUCGAGGAGGUCGCUGGACACAGCGGCGACCUCGUCGUGCAAGCUCAGACGCCGAGGCUAGUAGCAUUAGAAUACAACAAAGAGUCGUCGACGAGAAGCCGACUCUCGGUUCUUUCCGUUUUUUGUCUCACUGCGUACUUCCUCUUCUUCGUGUACUGUGCCAUUACAAUGAGACGCAUGGAUACCGUUCACUCGCGUACUGGUCUCGCAGCCACAGGAAUAGUCGAAAUUCUGGUCAGUACUCUCACGAGUAUUAGCGUUUGUGCACUUGUAGGAUUUAGAGCAACCAUGGUCCCAUGGGAGCUGUUGCCCCUUAUCGUCAUCUUCAUUGGAGUUGAGAACAUGUUCCAUAUCGUGGAUGCUGUGCUGAAGACCUCGGUCACGCUGCCCGUGAAGGAGCGUGUCGCACAGGGGCUGAGCAAGGCGGGCACGUCCAACACGCUCAAGUCCGUGUCAUACAACGCCGUCCUCGGCGUCAUCGCUUUCUUUUCCACCGGCGCGAUUCGCCAAUUUUGCGCGUUCUCGAUCGUGGUGCUUGUCGCGCACUGGUUCCUCGUCCACACGUUCUUCGUCACCGUCUUGUCGAUAGAUAUACAGCGCCUAGAAUUAGAUGAACUUAUCCGUCAGGGCACACCCCUGAUGCCGGCGAACGUACCGCAGCAGAAUAGCUCGAAGCGUCCACGCUCGCCGUGGGGCAAAGCGGUAGCGUUCGUUCAAAGCACCCUACGCGGCCGCCCGGCAAAGAAUCUCAGCCUCCUUCUCCUUCUCGCGAUUACCGCGACACUGUACUACGCGACGUACCCGAGUACCGCACGCGACCGGGAGGACGUCCGGAAUUCGUUGCACCACAGCGCGCUCGCGAAGCUGCGCAAGGCGAAUCUGAAUGCGAAUGCGGACGCGGCCGACCGUAUCUCCCCCGCGUUCCACAUCUGGCAGAUACUUAACCCCGCGGACGACCCGCGCGUGCACAUCCGCAUUGAGUCUCCCACGAUCCUUGUGCUUGCUCCCGACAACGACGCGCAGGCAGAUGAGGCUACACUAGCAUUAGACUAUGAGAAACAGUACCGCGCUCGAGGGACCCGCCUCUCGCGCCUGUGGAAGCCCGUAAUGUGGCUGCUCAAAUGCAUGGUCUUCCCGAUCAGCACGACAGUGCUGCUGCUGUACGCGCUGCUGCUGUACCUCCUCAAAGACGCGGAGCUGCUCGAGGCGCAGCGCAACCGCCCGGAGCCGGACAUGUCCCCGCCCGCCUCAGACGAGGUGCCGUCGCUCGAGGGCGCUUGCGCAUUCACAACGCUCCCGCGCGCGUUUCCCACCGACGUCGACCUUGUUGCGGCCAGCACGGACGGCGGGGUCGUCGCCGCGGUCGGGCUGCAGAACGAGCUCGUCGUAUGGUUCGUCGAGAGCGGGACUCGCGUCACAGUGGACGUAACGGGUUUACUCCUGGGUGGUACGAGCACACCGUCAGCAGCAAUGGCGCUCACUGCGGUUGCGGUUGACGAGGCGGGGUCGGUGUGUGCUGUGGGUACGGGGUCGGGUGUCGUCGGGAUGUGGGCUGUAGGAAAGGACCAGGUCAGGCCAUUGCCGAAUUUGACGCUCAUCAAUAACUCCUCGUCGGUCUCUGCGCUGUGCUUUGGGUAUGUGCCUGACUUGGUGGCGGCUACUGCCUCGAAGGAGUUGGCUGCGAGUUUGUACGCCACGUACGAGAACGGGACGGUCACCAGGUGGGAUCUAGAAUCACCUGUGGGCCCGCAUUAUAUCAAGCCGUCGCUCCCUGCCUCGGUGGUUAAGUCACUGCUCCUUCCCGUGCACGCAGAUGAGCGGCUGCUCGUGGGAUUCGCGCUCGAUGAUGGGACGCUGGAGCUCUGUGACGUCGGGGGGUCCGACCGGCUACUGUCGAGAGUGUGCUGCCUCGCCGCGGGCAACCCGACCGAUCUGGUGAUGCGGGCUCACGUGUGUGCAUUGAAGCUCGACGGGCAGCGUCGCCUCGUCGUGGGCGCGGCGACGCGGGCAGGCAUCGUCUCGCUGUGGGACGGUGGGACGGGCGAGUGCGUCGCCAUCCUCGACGAGCCGUAUGGCGAUAUUGGCAAUUUGCGUAUCACACCCGUCCGCGCGCGGACAUGUGCCGUGUGCGGGGAGUUCCCAGUCGAAGGGUUCCUCACGACGUUUUCUGUGGGGAAUGUGGUGCUAUUCUUCCGCGGAUACGUUACGCUGCCGACGCGUCACUGCUCCUGUCCUAGAAACCAGCCGCAACAGACACUGGGCACCAGUAUCAUCGGGCACCGGUCGCGCAGCGGAAGCGCUGUCUCGAUUGUGUCUUCUACAGGCACGACGACGCCCACGCGAUCCCGCUCUCGGGUCUCGUCGCUCUCAACUGCCCCAGCACCAGAUAUAUCAAUGUUCCGCGUCUCUGCGCACGGUGUGCACUCGCGCCGAGUGUCGGAGAAGGACCCGCGGCGGAACUUUGACACAUUCUUCGUCCACGCAGACUGCGAUGACUGCGACGUCCAUCCGGUUGGCCCACAAGAUGUCACGCCGUUGUCAAGCUUCCUCGCGUCGACCGCUCCCCCGACAAUUUGGCAGAACCUCUCCAUCUCGCACGUCGCGGACGCCACGUACGAGCGCGGCUGCUGGGGUGCCUUAGAUGACAAGAUCGUUGGUGUCCGCCGCAGGCCCCGCCCGCCGUUCAAGAGCAACGGUGAAGCGCACGUGCUGGGCAAGACGAUGUCCUCCCGUGGAUUGCCCACGUCCGCACUGGAGCGGUGGGAGCUGUGGACGUUUAAUCCUGCGGAAUCGUUGCUGCAGGCGUCGACGCUAACUGUGUUGAACCGCGAUCCUCCGGAUGACCCACCAUCUCCAAGGAGGUACGAAGCAGCGCUCGGGCUCGACGGCACGCACGGCCGCGUGACGGUCCCGCUACCGAAGCGCAGGAAGGUGGACGCGGUCAUUCCGCGGCUGCACUUCACUCGCGUCUCGCCGCUAGUGAGCAGAACGUCGGUUUGCUUGGCUGGCUUUGGGAAUACCGUGGGGGUGUUCAAGUUCGCUUCCGGAUCUGCCAACGGGCAUAGACAUUCCGCCGCAAAGGACUUAUAA